AUGGCAGAAUUUCCUCCGAGACAUCCAGGUUUUGGGAUUUCUGGGAAGUGCUUUCUCAUUGACAAUCUGUUGCGUCCUGGGAAUUCUUCACCUGUUGGUCGGCCUUCAUCAGGUGUCCGUCUGAAGAGAUGUUUUCCGACUCUGGUUUACGGACCUCUGGGUAUGGUGCCGAAAGGGAAGUGUGUCUCUCCGGAAAACCACAUGUGUCCUCAAAGGAAGGAUAGGAAAGGAGCUCCUCUCCUGUGCCACACUAGAUCUCAGCCUGUGAUGUCAUCUACCCCCCUGUUUACUAAAGGAAUCGGUUCUGCAAUGUGGAGUCCAGCCAUGAACUCCAGAUCCAGACCUGGAAUUCUGCGGCGGGCCGUGUUCUCAGAGGAACAGAGGAAAGAGCUGGAGAGAAUGUUCCGCACACAGAAAUAUAUAAGCAAGACUGAUCGCAACACACUGGCCACAGAGCUCUGUCUGAAAGAGACACAGGUGAAGAUCUGGUUCCAGAACCGCAGAAUGAAAUGGAGGAACUCUAGAGAGAAGGAGAGCACGUGUACACGGCCGGCGAUGGAGCUACUGAAGGUCUGGAGCGAAUCACAACCAGAGGAUGCACAAAAGAAAUCCAGCACAGACGACACACACCGAACCAGAGACACCAGACCAGAGCGAAGAUGA